GGGCGAGAGUGUUCAGUACAACACCAUGAAGUUUGCCAUACUCCUACUGCUCUCUACAGCCCUCCUUGCGAGUAGCCAGGAUGACUGUGAUGACGGCUGCACAGACGAGUGGAACCCCGUGUGUGGGACAGAUGGCCUCACCUACAGUAACCUCUGCUACCUGGAGCUGGCCGAUUGUCUCAGUGAUGCCGACAUUAAAAUAGAUCAUCAAGGAGAGUGCGACGACUGCCAGUUCGGGUGCUACGAGGUGUGGGACCCCGUGUGUGGCUCCGACAACAUCACCUACAGCAACCCGUGUGAGCUGCACCGGGCAGACUGUCUCUCCUCCGACCAGAUAAUAGAGGAUUAUACGGGAGAGUGCCAGCCCGUAUUACAUAACCUAGUACCACACUGCAACGACUCCGUGUUGGACAAAGACUGCAGCACCAACUUCUUUGCUCCCGUGUGUGAGCUUAGCGGCACUACCUACCGCACCGUGUGUGAUCUCUGCCAGGCUGAGAUAAUUGCACAGAUGAAUGGCGAGAACAUUAUUUAUGUCAUCAAUCACCUGGGUCCGUGUCAUGACUAGCGAGGAGGAACACUCGUCACUCCCUGGGAGCCGUAUUGUGUGUGUGUGUGUCCCUCUAUAACCCCCCACUAACUUCACCCUCCUCCUACCACCUUGUGAAUAAUUAUACUGAGUCGAUCUGUGAGUCAAGUCGUUGAGGCAGUCAGUUAUUCGGGAUACUGUCUGGCUCACCAUCACGCCAUCCCUCCUCGUGAAUCAAGCUGCCUCUAGUUUUUUCCGGUGUACUGACAUCAAAAUAGACUUCUGUGUCUUUAUUUUUAUUAUUUUUACUAUUGUGAGUUCUUCAGUCCCACAGUGUUUGGGCUUGAUGAUGAUGAUGAUGAUGAUGAUGAUAUAUUGAUGUGAAUACUAAUUCUAUUUAUACUAAUAACAAUACUACUACUACUACUACUACUACUAUUAGUACUAUUCAAGGGAAAUAUUCAGUAGCUAAGUGAUAUGCCACAAGAGGCGCUGGUGUCGCUUCUCACCCACCCAAAAACAACAGACAAUAAGUUUGCUCCAUCAAUAAUAUGUUUGUACACCAUAAAUAAUUAUCUGUGAGAA